UUUAUAACCGGAAAUUGAAAGUCUGUGCUGUUUUAUUUUUCGAUUUAUUAUCUCCGGCAUCGCAACACAUUAUUUACAAAUGGAGAAAUGACUGUGAAUUAGAAGUGAAAUUAUAUAACCAUGGCACAUAACUACCACCCAUUCUCCCCUUCUGAUGUCUGUGUCCCAGCAACAGUGGACUUGAUGCAGAAUGAAUUCACGGUUGAUUCGUCGUGGAUGGCAGGAGCAUUCUUUCUGGGAUUGUUCUUGGGAGCUUUGCUGACUGCAAUAUGCGUUCCAUUUUGCUUGAAAGAUCUAGAGAAAAAGAAACGACAGGAGGAUGAGGAAGCAAUGAUGAAGGAGCUGGAACAGAACCAGACCGAGGCUCGCCUCAUCAGGGAGAAAACUAUGGGGGUCAAGGUCAGCGGCAAGGACAGGUCAAUCAAGUCGGGCAAGGGCGGGAGGAAGGUGGUGACUCGGGAGGUGGAGGAGGAGGGGUCAGAGGAGGAGGGUAAAGAUGGGCCCCCUCAGGUGUCUCUGACAGACCUCGGGAAUGAGGGGCUAGGCAAGAUCAUGACCAACUUCCACAGUGAAGAUGCUGAGAAUGAGAUGAUGAAGCAAGAUCAGAGGAAAGUGGAAGCUUUGAUGGCAGCUCUACAGGCCAUGAAGGAUCAGAUUUUGUUCAAGAUGAUAAGACAACACCUGAAGAAGUUCAAGGUCGGUGAACAACCGCGGUCCAUCGUGGAGAGGAAUGUGGUUGAGGAUCUUCUGAACAAGAGGAAGAUGCUGGAAGAUGAUCGGAUGGAGGAGGAACAGGCUAUUAAACAAGCACAUGUCAAGGACAAGGGCACGACUGUGAUGGAGGAUGAGCUGGAGCAGCUGGACGCUAAAACCAACCAGAAACUGGCUCAGAUUUAUGAAGAAGAGAAGGACUUCAUCAGGAAGGAGAUCAACAAACAGACUGAUCUCUCAGAGAAAGACAUUGAUGCCUUAAUGGAGAAGUUGAUGUCGGAAUUAUCAGAGGUUGACAGAAAGCAGGCACUACAGUUGUCACGGCAACAGCGGGCUCUAGAGGAGAGGUUGGCGAAGCGGAGACAGAUCAUUGCGAUGAGGAAGCUUCAGGACCAACAAGAGGGUGAUGUGGUGGUACAGAAUGUGGAGAGUCACGAGGACGCGCUCAAACACCUGGUACAGGACGGAAAACUGAACGAGAAAAAGAAAAACCAGCUGCUGAAUGAGUAUCUCCAGGACCUGAACCGACUCACCAAGGCCAGGGAUAUAGAGAGUCAGAGACAACAACUGUCCCUGGAGGAGAAAUUGGCGAAGCGCAGACGACGGGAAAUACAGAAACUGAGUAAGGAACAGGAGAGAGAGGAGCAGCUGCUGAUGAAGAACUUUGACAAGAGCACCAACACCAAGGGCCUGGUGGAGGAUUACCUGGAGUUGAAGGAGAAGCAUCAACAGGAAAUGGCAGAGAAGGAGCUUCAACUGGAUCAGGAGGAGUUACAGGGCCUGGACAAGAUCCGGACGGCGGAAGCAGAAGUGAAAGAGCGAGAGAUUGAGAACCAGAACGACAAGAUGGCGGCUACAAUUACCGAAACGGUUGGAAGUGAACACAAGUUUGACGUGGACCGACUGAUCAAGGCUCACAAACAGAGGAUGAAGUUAUACGAAGAGGAAAGACUGGAGGAAAGGAACAAAUUUGCGGCCCGACUGAAGGAGAGAUUGAAUCAGAAAAUGGCAAAACUGGAGGAAGAGGAGGAGAUACAUCAGCAGGAGCAGGAGGCGAUGGUCGUACAGCAGACGGCGACCGUCAACCGAGUCCUGACCACCAGUCUGGAACUCACAGACGAAGCCAAGGAGAAGAUUUUGAGGGAGCAUGAGCAGAAUCUACAGGUUAUUAAUAACCAGCUACAAGUCAGUCGACUCAAGCAGCAGAAAAAUCUGGAGAGCAAGCUGGCAGAGCGACGAGCCAGGAUGGCCGAGGUCAGACGCAAAAAAGAGGAGACUUUGAUGAACAAAGCCAAGGCCAACCUCGAGGAGAGGGAGAAAAUUCAACAGCAGCUGGACGUUGAGCUUCAGCUAGAGGAGAAGAAGCUAGAGGAUGAGAGGAGGUCGGCGCUGGACGCUCUGAGGCGGAGGAUGGCGCUGGAGACACAGGAGGCACUGCGGGACCAGGAGAGGAGGCUGGGACAGAUGAUUGGACGGCUGGAGGUGGGCGCGGCCCGGCGACAGGCCAUACUCAGCAAGCAGGACGCCACACUACAGCAGUUACAGGAGCAGCUGGAGAACAAGUUGAGUCGGGAGGGGAGUCGUUUGUCAGGGGUGGACGCAAUUAUCCAGCAGCACUCGUCCCAGGUUGACCAGCUGAACGACCAGCUACAGCGGGCGCGAGAACAGCAGGAGAGCCUGAUCAAAGAGAGGAUCAAGGCCAAGAAACACCAGAAAGAAAUGGAACUCCAAGAGCAGAUAGAGGAGGAAGAGGACGUUAACAGGAAGAACUCGAUCAGGAGGCGCGGAGCAGGGAAAGCCAGCAAUAUAUUGAACACAGUGUUUAUGGAGCAGCAUCACCGGAAACAGAGACAGGAGCUGGAGAGUGAGAUGAAGGUCGAGCUAGAGAGGAGCAAGGAAGAGCUCAACCAGCAGCUCGAGAACGAGUUACAGGCCGAGCUUGAGAAUCAGAGGCGUGAAUUACUGACUCAACUGACAGCAGCCAGCGGCUUAUCUCAGUCCCAGAUAGAGAGGACCAUCAAGUCAUCAGCCAAUGAUGACAAGGCAGCCAAGAAGCUGGCCCGGGAGCUGAAGCAGGGAAUCGAGCGAGCCAAGACGGACAUGAACUACGGGGUUGACGAAGACUUCCUGGCAUCACGAGAAGUGUAUAGUAUUGAUGACCUUGAGUCAGGUCAAGGUCGCCCUGCUUCCACUGGGAAAAACGUAAAGACAGGAAAGAAGAAAAGGACGAGUAGAUCAGCUGUGACGCCGGAACCAAUGGAAGGCUGGACACGUGGGAACCAGGAUUAUGACGACGACGAUCUGUUAUAGCGGGAUUUCAAUUGUCUGUCAAAGGGGAUUCCCCUAAAUGAUAACAAUGUCUGUUAUUGGGCAAUCCCCUAAUGAUGAUAAACUGUAAUAAGGGCAUUCUCAAAUAGCUAUUAAAUACAAUUUGUUUUGGGGAGAUUCCCUCUUUGCGUUAUUGGAGGAUUCCUCAAACAUAAAAUCACAGUGUACUUCUUGCUCAACAGUGCUUGGGGAGACUUUUCUUUUUUUUCUUUUUUUAUAGUUUUAGUCAGAUAAUCUUUAAAACAACUAGCAGUUAAUCAAACGAAUUGUUUAGUCAUAGGUAAUUUGGUAAAAGUAUCUAAGGUAUUUAUUAUUGAUAACACUUGUGAUCGACUCUAAUUAUAUACUUUAAUUCUGAUAUUUGAUCAUUUGAGAUUUUUCAUGCACUUUAAAACAUUUAAUUAGAUUUUUUAAGUAUUUGUAUUUAUGAAAUAAUUUUUUUCUGUUUAAUUUAUACACUUCUACACAAGUUAAUGUAUUUUUUUUUUGUAAGACUUCGUGUUGCAUAUCUGUGAUAUUCUCUCUUACAUUACUAACAAACCCAAUCACCAUGACAACACACAAUUGCAGAUUAUUUGAAUAUACCUCAAUUUUUAAACUUCUCCAAAUCCCUCUGUGGUUUUGUGGUACAGAUAUUGAAAAGUCUGCAAGGUAAAUAUUUGAAGAGUUUACCGGUAGCUUUGGUCAAUGUCUCCAAACUCAUUUAUUCUCAGUCCUUUUUUAGCAAAAUAAUGAACAUCUAGAAAUUUUGCAUUUGCAUGGACAUAUUAAUUAAGAGAGAAUAUUACUGGUAGAUCAAUGUGGUUUCUUUCUUCUCUUUUUAAUGAACAAACCACUCUUCUUUCUACGUUAACCUUCAAAAUAUUUCCAAUUGUUGAUGUUCAAUGUGCUCUGUGGGUUUUUUUUUUUUUUUGCAUUGACACAAAUAUUGGAAAAAAUGGAAGAUUAUCUUAUUGUCUCUAGAGGGACAUCACUUAUACAUAUGUAAUUCCAUCGAGGGCUCCUUACACCCUUUAAAAAAUGAACAGUUACUGUCUAUUAAUGACUGAAUUCCGUCCAACUUUUAAGAUAUUAAAUUAUUGUUUUAGAUACUUUUUACUUAGGCAAAAUUUUAAAAAUGUUAAUUUUUUUUGCCAGAUUAGAAAUAUUUUUUUUUUUGAAAAUGUGCACAGUCAUUUUCUUUGCAUCAUUACUCAGCAAUAUGAUUAUGUAUAUAUAUGCCAUGAAGAGAAUAGAUUUUUUUUAAAAUAUACAUGUACUGUAUAAAUUAGUACAUUUUUAUACUUGUAAACUCUAUGUAUGGUCAUUUCAUCAUGUAAAUAAUAAAACAAAAAUAAUUAUAUUAAGUUUUCUGUAUUUUUAAUCAGCUUACUGCAUGUUUUUAGAAUUUUUUAUUAAACUUGGUCACAAUUGAUAUACAUGUACAUGUAUUAAUCACUAGAAAUAUUAAUUUUUACAAAUAAUUUAAUGGUACAUCCCUAUUGAUCGUCAGACUCUAUAUACAUAUACUGUAAGCCAAUAUUUAUUCCGAUAACGACAGCAAAUCUUCGCAAUAUUAAGUCCAAUUAAGUUAAAAAUCUGACACAAUUUAAGACAUUAAUUGAAUAUCUAUUCACAACUAUGUGGUUCUUGUGAACUUUUGGAAAUUUUCUUCCACAUGAAUAAAAGUUGGUUAACAGUAUAAGAUUUGCAUGUACAUUUUCUUUAUCAGGAAUGGAAAAUAUAUACCUAUCCAUGAAAAUGAAAGAAUUUUAAAAUCAAAUUUCCCAUGCUGCUAUUUUUAAGUAAAAUCAGCGAGCUUUCAGUGACAAGUUCAGUAUAUAUUUGGUUUGUCUAUUUCCACAUUGAACAAUUUCAUUUUAUAUUUGCUCUAAUCCAUGCAAUUAUUAUAAUAAGCCAUUUAUGAUGAAUCCUGAUAAUUUUGUUGGCGUACACACAUUGAAUAUAUAGACAUUCAUAUAAUCUAAAGUAAACUACCCGGUACAAAUAAUGUAAUACAUUUGUAUACAUAAAUGCAUCGGUACCCAAUAGAUUAACUAUGGAGCAUUUCUACAUAAAAAUUUCCUCUGGAGUUCAAAGCUGUACACAAGGGAAAUAACUGUGCUUGACUACUCUUUCAAGAGGCCAUCUUGGAAUUGCCAUUUUUUUGGUUGACUGUUUACGUGUGGUUCAACUUUUAACUCUGUGCGAUUUUACCUUUAAAAAACAGUUAAAUGACUAAUAGCCAAGGACAAAAAGAUAAACACAGAUUGUUGGAUAUUGGUCCAUGUGAAAGGCUAAUAACUGAAUGUGCAUGCCAGACUAUGAAUUUAACUGCUAUAGAUCAACAAGAUAAACUGAUAUUUAAGUUUUUUGCAGACAGAGGGACAGACAGGAUAAGUCAUUAUGUCUUUGAUAGUUACUCGUCUGGGCAUAUAAAAAAGAAAACACAGCUGCAGUAGUAAUGAAAUGUUUAUCAAUAAUUGGUAAAUUUGUUACCCAACAAAAAUUAGUGAAAUUAUGUAUACAAACAUGUGAAUAUAUAAAUAAAAACGAAACUCUGUUUACAUAGACACUGCACUAGUCUUGCUAGUUACACAUUGAUUCAUUGACUAUUUACAAUACACACUAAUAUACACAGCUAGCUAUCAGACCAUAUAAUACAAGUACAUCCGUCUUAUGGGAGUCAUAGUUUGCCUGCAAUUAGGGAAU